GACUUUGAAUCCUCAACGUCGAAUCGUAACAACACGAGUAGCCUUUCGUCUUUCAUCAAAAUUGCAUCUACCACUACUGCAUUUGAUGAUGUCAAAACAGAAGCUGUUAAUUCUUGGACAGCUGGCGUUGACGUCCAGCUGGAAACUAAACAAGCGAAGAAGAAGGCGGAAUGGAUGUCUCUCAGUGACUUUGAAAACCUCAAAUCUGUAAAGCAACAAGAAGGAACAAAUCCAUCAACUUCUAUUUUCAAUCCCAACUAUCAUGCCCAGCAGUACAAUGAAUCAUGUAUGCCUCAAUCAAGUUCAACUUCUGAACCAGCUAGCAGUCUUAACACAGCUAGGCAAACUUACGCUCAAAUUGUCGAUUCAAAUACACCGGCUUGGGCUGUGGAGGAAGGACCUACUCACUUAGUCAAAGAUACUUCUGAUCGAACAUAUAACCGGGGAUCAUCUUUUGCAGACAACGAUAUGACUCAAUUGCCUCAGUUUAAACAGACAGUAUAUGAUCCAGCUUCAACCUCAUUCAGUAAUAAAACAACGUCUGAUGAGUAUAUACCAGCUAUUAAGCGAUUUCCAGAUUAUGAAUUAAUAAAUUACCUUAUUUCCGUUCGACAAAAAAAAAGUAUGUCUUGCACUUUGUAUACCUUUCAAAAAAAACUAGAGCAUAUAUUGCAAAAUGAUCUACUUAGAUUAGCGGAUGGCCAAUUUCAUCAUUUAUUAAAUGCAAUUGUUGAUACUAUGGACUACGAAAAGAAUCAUUCUUUGGCAGAUACACCGCGCAAAAUUUAUACUUAUUGGACUACCUUCAAGCUUGCUCUUCACCGUUAUAUCAAUUAUUGGAUGGCAUCAUUUGAUGAUUUUCAAAACGUUCUACGCUUUACAAUUGACCUUACAGAUUUCUUUCCUAAACUUAUUGAUAAUGAGCUCUUGCAGAACCUUGUAGUGGUGUAUAGACGAAUGAAACCUCAUAUGCCUCCUGAUAUCUUACAUGCUUGCCAAAAGUCGCUGAGUAUGAUUACUGGCUACACAUUUGAAGAACAAAAUAUUGAAGAAACCAAUAAUAUGCCGGCAACUCUUCUGCCAGAAAUACCCACUGCCAAAGAUAUCGUAAUGGAAAUAGUCGAGAAAAUCAAUCCUUUACAAAUAUAUGAAUCCAAGUCUGGAAGUACUAUUACAAAUCAAAUAUAUAGUCCUUGGCCUAAUUGUGAUCUGCAGAAGUAUCUUUCGACACAUUAUUUUUUGUUACGGCAAGAGUUGACCGAACCUAUAAAAAGCAUUAUCAAAAGCUUGUAUUGCGGGGAUGGCAAUGAGAAUUCUUUACCUGAUUGUGCUAUUUAUGGCAGCUGUGUUCCUAAAUAUACUACGUUGUCGAUGGUUACAUCUGAACCAGGCAUAAUAUUUCAAUUUGACUACGAUUCUGCAAAUAUUGAACUGAUGCGUAACGACAUCGCAUAUCACUUAACUGAAGGCUCUUUUGUCAUGCUUAUGUCUGAAGAUGUUGUUGAUAAUGGUUUAAAGCAUUCGUACAACCACUCUGCAAAGGAACUGGACGAUAUGAUUUUAGAAGGUGCCGCUAACCAGUGCAUGUUGGCGCAGGUCAUUCGGACCUACCGCACAAUUAAUUCUGCUGGUGAUCUUGUCCGUUUGAUCUCUGUUCAUAUCCUUAACGACGAUGUUAGCAGGUUACGUUGGUCAGAUAAGUACACAUUAAUCUCCUCGAAAAUCAACGCCCGUUCUGUCUUGUCAACCUUAUCUUGGCUUUUUGAAGAAUUUAACAGGUCAGACAUUACACGUUUUUCAGCUGUCCUAACACCUAGAAUUUUGACAGCUCAGAACAAGCUUAUGGAGAAUCAAUUAAUUUCAUGGGCCGAAGGAAAGCAUAAUCAAAAUCCUGCUGCCAAUGGCCGUUCUGUUCCUGAAUAUCUGGCGGAUGCUGAAAUCGAUAUUUCUUGCAUAACGUACAAAAAUGCUCCACAAACGGCAAGGCCAGGCCAAAAUUUAUGGCCCCGUUACGCAAGUGGUUGGGAACAUGUGGCUCCUUCUAAACGUAUUCCUAUAUACAACCUAUCGUCCAGUCAAAUAAAAGCCGUGCAGUUUGCACUGACCCAUCGUAUAGCUGCCAUUUCUGGUGCAGCAGGUACUGGUAAAACAUACUUGGCAGCUAAACUCGCAAUCAUUACAAGCCGUGCACUUGUGCAAGGACAAUUCCAUCAGCCGGUUCUUGUGAUUAGCAAAUCACAAGAAUGCUUGGAUAGUAUCCUUCUUAAUGUGGCUCAAUCUGUAAAAGAUAUAGUACGCUUUGGGCCUCCAUCCGUUUCGGAAUCUUUGAAGAGCAGUCAAGCAACAAGUCUUUGUUUACCUAAUUCUACCGACAGCAAUUACCGUCAAUUCAUCAGUCUUGACAGGCGACUGAACAAGAAUCAAUGUCAUUUGGAAACCUUAUUGAAAUAUCGAAAUCAGAUUGUAAAUCAUGAUCCCAGAGUUAUUUGCUCUGCUGCCGCACCUAAAUAUCUCGGAGCCCUUCAGAAAGGUUACACAUACUACAACAAUGCAUCUGCUAAUCUUUCUACUGUUUGGUCCCUUUGGCUUGAUGAUGACUCAGCAAACCCCGAAAAUUUGCCUGAUUAUGCUCAGCAGCUUGAAAAUAAUUACAAUGAAGCAAAAACCAUCCAAGCUGAAAUUGAAGACUUACAUUUGCGAAUCGGUGGCCGAGGUAUUAUGCCUCUAUUAGAUAGCAAUACUGUUAAGAGUCGUUUCAACCAUUCACGCAAUACCUUUACACCUAUACAACCGAUUGGUACAGCUCAUCAUUGGCCCUUUGACAGUUCUGCUCGUCGCGCUACGGACGUUCGAUAUGCUUUGAAUCUCGUCUGGAAUCAGCUGCCUUCUGAUCAGGUUUGGGAGAUUCCAGUUACCGAUAGAAAAAAGAUUGCAGAAAAUUUAGAAGACACUUUGUUACGCUUUGUUGAUGAAGAGAUUCAAAGCUUGCUUCAAGAGCAAUCUGAAAUUGGUCGUACUAUCGAUGAUAUGCUAAUUCAAAAGUUGACAUAUUUAUGUAGAUUCAAAAAUGUGAUCGGCAUGACAGCUGAUUUCGCAGCAGCGAAUAACAGAUGGGUCUCCAAUUUAUGGCCACGCACUGUUAUCGUCGACGAAGCGUCAGAAAUUCUUGAAACAACUUUGGCGCCUAGCAUUUCGGGAUUUCGUACGGAACAUGUUAUACUUCUUGGUACUGGUGACAGUGUCUCUCGAGUCCCUUUAACAAAUCCCUCCUUGGUUGGUGAGCCUCGAAACUUUGAUGUAUCUUUAUUUGAACGCUGGAAAGCUUCUACGGGUGAAAUAGUUUUACUUGAAGAGCAAUGGCGCAUGCACUCAGGCGUGGCCACAAUCCAUGAUCAAUUUAACGGUUCGCGCAACAAUAAACAUACUCCAUCAACAUUAUUGAUUACCGCACCUGUUGCCUCCUGUAAUGAAAAUAGGGUCGACGGUAAAAAUGCGGUCCAAGAAAAGCUCCAUGGCGUCACUGAAAGAGCUUACUACAUACAUUACAAAAGUGAAUUCGACGAUGACGGUCUUGAUGAAGUGUAUACCGAGAAGUUUCGCUUACCUAUCACACAGUCAAAUGUGGAUGAAGCUCGCUAUGUUUCAUUUUUAGCCGUUUAUUUGUCUCAACAACCAUACAUGAAGACAAGCAUUGGUAUAAUAACUUUAUCACCGCUCCAAAAGGCUAUGAUCAGACAUAUUUUACGUGAAGAGGUUCCUACUCGUACCUGCUUUACGAGCCAGCUAAAAAAAUUACACCUUGAAAUGGUCGAUUUCCAAGGAGGAAGAGAGUAUGAUUAUGUGAUUAUUUCUACAGCGACACCCGGAUCUACUUCUGCUCUCCAAUACGACAAUGUUUCUCGCGCGGUAACUCGUGCCAGGUAUGGUUUAUACAUCAUAGGUAAACCUGAAACUGACAAAGUUCAUCCAAGUUGGCAAAAAUUUGCAAAAUACAUGGAGGAACGCGAACUGUAUGGUCAUUCCUUACUUUUAACUUGCACGACUCAUGGUGAUCAAAUUGCCGCAAAGCAGGCUAAUGACUUCGAUAAGGUGAAGAAUGGCGGCUGCCAACGCCCUUGUGGCUCUCUCAUGGCUGAGGGCCAUGCUUGCAAAGAAGAUUGCCAUUUCUUGUCUCAUGAAGAAGUCAAAUGCCAAGAACCGUGCAAUCGACCAAGACCCCGUAACUGUACCCAUGCUUGUAAAAGGAAAUGCUUCGAAUGCUCUAAACAAGGUGCUUGUCCCCCAUGUCAAGAACAGUUAUCAAUAACGUUGAAUUGUGGCCAUAUAAAAGAGGGAAUUUGUCAUGAGCUUCAGGAUAUCGAAAAUGUGAGGUGCGAAGAAUCUGUAGAUGUUAGUUUGCCAUGUGGGCAUACCAUUACUGUUGCCUGCUCCGAUAGAAACGCAAAUUUGCAAUGUAAGGAAAAGUGCAAAGUGCAGCUGGUUUGUGGUCAUGCAGUAGAAACAACAUGUGGUGUUAAACCCAUUUGUUCAGAAAUGUGCCCUAAGAAUUUGGAAUGUGGCCAUAAAUGCCCAGAGAUGUGUGGUGUAUACCAUGAUCAUAAACGUAGUUCAUGCGUUGCGAAUUGUCCAAAGCAACUUAUUUGUGGACAUUAUUGUGCUAAUGGUUGCGCUAAUCCAGAUAACCAUACUGAAAGAUGUAUGGAAAAGUGUCGCUACGUAUGCUCACAUGGGUAUAAAUGUAGCAGAGAAUGCUGGAGAGACUGUACCCGCUGUGUAAGUGAAUGCCCUUAUCGCUGUGAACAUUACAAGUGCACUAGAAAAUGCUAUGAGAAAUGUGAUAGACCACCAUGUAACUUUCCAUGUCGAAAAAUUCUCCAUUGUAAGCAUCCUUGUGCCGGUUUGUGCGGUGAGCCCUGUCCCCCAUGCGUUAUUUGUGAGGGUAAUAAACAUGAAUGCUCUAUUUCCCUUCGUUUUCUGUCUGAAUUUGACGAAGGUGAACGCUUGUAUAUGUUACCAGAAUGUGGAUGUGUCUUCUCUGUUGAAAAUUUGGAUUUAUACUUUGAAAAUCAGGCUAAAAACGGGGAGCAUACGGCUAUCAAACUUUGGGGAUGCCCUACAUGUGGAAAGACAAUAUACAGGGCCCUUCGCUAUAAUCAAUAUAUUAAGACGGAGAUUGCGCUUGUCAAUAAGAUAAAGCUGAGAAUAGAGCAAGAAAGAAACCAAUUAACACACCAUGAACGACAGCAAAUUAUCAAAGCAAUGAAUGAAGAAACUGCGCAACAGAUUAACCACAACAUUGUCGGUGGCCGCUGGUUUGUCUGUGAAAAUCAACAUCCUUAUUUUGUUGGUGAUUGCGGUGGAGCAACACAGAUUUCAAAGUGUCCGGAAUGUGAUGCACCGAUUGGUGGCACCCAGCACAAGGUGCUUCAGUCUAAUCGCUUUUAUGGCGAAUUCGAUGGCUCCGAGAAACCAGCUUGGCCUGGUCAACCAGUUGGAAAUUAAUUGUAUGGAAAUUCAAAAAAACUCAAAUCUAUCAUUCCCUUUGUAUACAAUGUAUAUAUUGUUGCACUUACGCUAUUCCUAUGAGAUCUGAUAUUAUGCUUUUUUUAUUGGAUAUAUGUACUAACUACAUUCUUACU